GCGAUGUUACUUUUUGUAUUUAAUUGGAUGUAUCGUUAAAACACAGUGCGGCUAUUAGAAAUUUGGCACCGGCGAUGUCGUCCGUCGAGGACAAAGGUAGGAUAAUCCCUUGGGCGAAUAAACUCUUUGCCCCGGAAUAUCACGUAGAAAUUUUACGUGACAAACGUAACAGGUAUUUGUCAUCUUUAACCAUGAACAUGCUGAACGACGAGUUGCGAGGCGUAUUCGCGGAGGAUCCACCGAGUGGUUCGCUCAAAGAUUUAUCUUGUCAGCCGAUAAUCAAAGCUCCACCAGCGGAAUGGGAAUUGGACACAACCUGGAGCGAAUUCGUUGCAUCCUUGCCGGAUCAUUACGAAGAAAUAUUGUGUAGCUUUCACGACGAGACUUCGAUCUGCGAACAGGACUCGUUCGAGAUGGACGAACAAAUGGAUAACGAAUUUUGGUUCUUGCUUUAUCAAAUCAGACCGUACGCCGCGCUGAUCCCAUCUCCCAACGCGAGAACAAUAGUCACCGCUUGGAUUCAAACGCUUUGUAGAUUGAGUUGUAACAAGUGUAGUAAAAUGAAAGGACUUCGUAACGAUUACGCUUACGCCCUUUACGGAUACGUAAGGGAUUUGCGAAUAGCCGGGCCGUUCGAAGAUUAUCCGCCUGUGAAAUAUCUUGAAUCGUUACCAGAAGCAGCAAGGCAAGCCGCGAAGAAGCAUCCCUUGACGUCACCCUUUUCUCAGGAAGCAGAUUCUUUUAUCAUUCAGCAACCGACUACGGAGGAAGGUGCUUUUUGUUAUAUCGCUGUGACGGGUGACGUCAUUGAAACCACUGCCAAGUAAUCGUUAACAAAAAAGAAAGAU